AUGGGCCGCGGACGCAUCGCACGCGCCUGUGUAUUUUGUCGCAACAACAAAACAAAGUGCCAUAUACCGGCUGGUCAAAAAACCUGUGAGAAAUGCGCCCAAAUGGGCCUGGAGUGCUCUCUGCUCACCAAGCCGGCUGCCCCGCUCGCUCCUUCGCAUCCAGGAGUGACCAAACCAGAGCGAAAUGCCCAGUACAAGACACGCCUCGAUCAACUCCAGAAUCAAAUGGAGCACAUGAUGCAGAUAAUGAGGAGCCAGGGUGUAAACGAUCUGGUUCUGCUCUCUCUGCCCGACGGAAGACCAUCGCUGCAGCCACCACCACAGCCCCAGUCUGCUUUGAACGCGCCCGCUCAACCUCAGGCCCCCGUAUCUCCUAUUGGCCCCGGUUCUGUACAGUCUAUGUCUUCCGAUGGCAGUCUUACCCUAACUCAGAGCCUCCAGCGAAACCACAACGGGUUUUCUUUGCCGCCUCUCAACUAUAGAGUCAACCCGGCGGUCCAAGCUCCACAUUAUCCAGUUCCCCUAUGGAAAGACCCUGUCGUGGCACCAGCGCCACCCGCUCUUCUCGAAGCUAACUUUGUAAAUCAACAAGGAUUCGAUUAUUAUAACGAGCCGUAUAGGCAGCCGUGGUAUGCGACAGGUGCCAUGGCAUCACAGUACAAUAUGUUUGGAAACGUGAAUACCGGCUUGUUUUUCCAGGCUUCCCCAGCAAAUUUCUUAAGCCAGGUUUUGAAACCAAGCUACCUGGUCCAGGUUUACCGCGAGCUGAUCACACCAGUGCACAGAGGUGGUCGCGAUAGGCGGGAUCCGCACAGAACAAACGUUAUCACCGAAAAUAUCUUGACCCGGGAACAAGCAAUUGAUUUGCUCACCCACUUCCGAGACAAUUUUAACCAUUGGAUCAACCUACCCGCGGAGAUGCCCGCGGAGGAUCUGGUAGAGUACCUUUGUGCAGAGUCGUCGCUGCUGUUGACGGUCUGCUGUACUGUCGCAUUGCGGUUUGACAGAAAAGCCCUCCGGGCCAAAGUGUACGAGCCUCUUUUGAAGCAUCUACACUUGGAAACAAUGCGUGCCCGGAUGCACCUCCGCCAGAAUGUCGAGUUCCUCCAGGCUAUGGUAAUUCUGGCCAAUUUCAGCGAGUCUUUGUGCUCGCCGUACUGUUUAUAUGACCCUUGGUUUGUUUCAAGCUGGGGCAUCCAGCACCUCACAAACCUUAUGAGCAUCACCGACGAGUCUUCGCUCCAAAUGCACCGACUUUGGAAUCACCUGGCGAUCGCGCAUUUAUACACAUGCAAUUCCACAGGACGUCGUUGUAUAUUGAGCGCUGACUCCAUUCGCGCCUCCCAGGAAAUUCUCAAAAUCCCACAGUCGAACCAGUUCGACGCUUGCAUCUUGGCUGAGAUUUCCGCACAGUUUGCGGCCUAUAGAUUCUUCAACUCACACAUAUCCAACGAUGCAGUGGAAGACGAGCUUCUUCAGUGGGAAGAGGAGUGGUCGUUCCUAACAACUGAAGAACAAACGAUUCAGUUCGCUAGCGGUGUCCACACUUACAUCCGGUUCAUGGUGCGUUUACACCAGUUACUUCGAGAAGCCAAAUCUGGAAGCCAUGCUACGCCAUCUGGGGUAAACACGGUGGUUUUGGCCUUCCAGUCUGCUCCCUUGGCAGACCUUUUCGAGCAAAUUGACCAUCUUGCCUCAGUUCCUUCUCUGCUGCUGGAAAGGGUGUCGGUAGACAUGUUCGCCUGUCUCGGAGACCAACUGCAACAGCUCGGCCUGUUGUGUUGCACACUGGCUCUCCAGCUGUGCUCUCUGGCCAGAGAGUCCCAGCUCCUUAGCGCACAGCAGGCCUCUUUGUCGCAAGCACUGGCUCUCGUAGAUGGUCUGGCUGACCGUUUUGAGGCUGUUAGCCAAAGUCCAGAUGACCUCCAUGCAGUCUCGGCAGCCGCGCUCCGUGACUUUAAAACUCGACUCAACCUAUAG